AUGGUUAAUAUGGGUGCAACUGUCGCAGUACUGUUGCAUUUCAGCCAGCCUGCGGACUGUCCGCCUCUGUACGGUGCUUUCUUAGAGGCAUAUACCGUCUGACGCUUUUGGGGAGUAUCUUGGCACCAGAUGUUCAGGAGUUUCCUGACCCGACACGCUCGUUUAUUCGUUGACAGCGCGCUUCCCUUCCUCCCCCAGAGCUCGUUUGCGGCUCGGUAUGCACGAUUGACCACCGCCUUUCUCAUUUCCGGCGUCCUGCACUAUCGUGCAGACCAACUUAUGGGCGUACCAAAUGCCAAGAGCGGUGCGGUUAUCUUCUUUCCCUUACACUCCCUUGGCAUUUGCCUGGAGGAUGCUGUCGCCCCAAUGGUUUUUGCGUUUCUCCCAAAGCCAGUCCGUCGCAUUACAGGCUAUUUAUGGGUUCUAGUGUUUUUCAUCUGGUCUAGCCCGGUCUAUACUUAUCCCAGUGCGAGGCUGGGGAUUGACACGGCUGCUCUCCUGCCUGUACCUACGUCUCAUCGGGCCUUGGGUAACACGACUGAUCAGCUUAAACAAUGGCGUCUGACCGGCUUGCAAAGGGCAUUAGCCCAUACAAGGCUUGUGCUUCAUUACCCCAUCAUCACCUUACCGGUACUAUCCACCUCCACACCCUCCUAUGACCCCACCCAACCAUCUCCAACAUUUGUUGGGCUCGUGCAACCAUGGCGCUGGAUACGCACUAACCUCAAAGUUCUGUUAGGAAUAUGGUAUGAAUUUCGCAGAUGGAGGGUGGGCACGGAGCCCUGAAAAUCGGGCAGUUCGGGAGUGCCUGGUGGAUAUGAACUCAAAAGCGCCGACGCCACUACUCCUGACAAAGGCCAGUGAGGAUUACAAACACGCGGCGUCAACAUGGACCCAACUGCUUCUAGUAUCGAAGAGGAUCUUCCAAGAUCAAUGUCAUGGCGUCUCGUAUCUGAUGAGCAAGACACUACUUCCUGUCAUCAUGCUUGACUAAAGACAUGUUUCCUUAAUAACCAGGCCCUUGUAAACGGCAUAUCCUUCUACCGAACCCCUCACGAUAUCCAGGGAACCACCAAUCUCCUCUUCUCGAUAUUUCUCGUCACCCAGAUGUUCAGCUGCAUCAACCGCGUGGCGAUCCCGCACUUUGUCGGGAGCCGAUCUCUCUUCGAGUCCCGGGAGCGCCACUCUCAGACGUACUCCUGAUCCGUGUUCG